AUGAACUUUCAAGGAUAUGACAUUGCAGUAAUCGGAGCGGGCAUUAUCGGGCUUGCAACCGCCAUGCGACUCGCGCAGGAAUACCCGCGCUACAAGAUAAUCGUGCUGGAAAAGGAUGGAGAGGUCGCGCAGCACCAGACCGGGCACAACAGCGGCGUCAUCCACGCCGGCAUAUACUACGCGCCCGGUUCGCAGAAGGCGAACUUUUGCUCAACCGGUGGCAAGCUGCUGCGCCAGUUCUGCGAUGAACGCGGCAUCGAGUACGAGAUGUGCGGCAAGGUCAUCGUCGCCAUUAACGACGAAGAAGUGCCGCGCCUGCAAGACUUGUACGAGCGUGGCACCGCCAAUGGCGCAGAAGGCUUGGAGAUGGUCGGCAAAGAGCGGCUCGCCGAGCUUGAGCCUUAUGCAGCCGGAGUUCAGGCGAUCUUCUCGCCCAACACGGGCAUAAUCGACUUCAAGGAGGUGUCGCAGGCGUAUGCCACCGAGUUCGGCGAGAACGGCGGCGACCUGUUCCUCAACACUGCUGUUCACGGCAUUACGCGGCGCGACGGGCAGAUGUACAUGGAGACCUCGCGCGGCGAGAUUGCCGCGAGGCACGUCAUCAACUGUGCCGGACUGCAAGCCGAUCAGGUGGCGCGAAUGAUGGGCGGGGAGCCGGGCCUGCGUAUCAUACCCUUCCGCGGCGAAUACUUCUCGAUACGACCGGAGCGCCAGUACCUGGUUCGCAGCCUGAUAUACCCCGUGCCAAACCCGAGCCUGCCCUUCCUCGGCGUACACUUCACCAAGCGCGUCACAGGCAGUGUGGAGGCAGGACCCAACGCCGUGCUCGCCUUCGCGCGCGAGGGCUACACCAAGACCAGCUUCAGCCUCAGCGACACGCUAGGCACAUUCACAUACCCCGGCUUCUGGAAGAUGUCCAUGUCCCACUGGAAGAGCGGCUGGACGAACAGCACCGCUCGCUGCGAAAGUCGCUGUUCCUGA